CCAGGUGACGGGUCUUGGAGGAGAAAGUUUGCUCGCUCGCUCUGUGAUCAGUUACCUAUGAGAGUCGGCCAGGUGAGGAUGGACGAAAUGCGCGCCUCGUGACUUGAAACCGUGUCACUUUGUAUGCGAAGUGUACAAUGUGCUCAAGACCCGGAGUGAGAGCGAGUGCAGGGCAUACACCAGGACUGAGCGUGUGGUGACCAUGAGUGCUAUAGCUAAAUUACUAUGGGUGAUGUGUGUGGUGGUGGUGGUGAUCUUCAAAACUCAAGUUCUGGCAGAGUCUCCAGCGCAGUCCCUGGUGGCGUCCCGAGAACCAGAUGGCAGGACGGCGACUUUAAAAUCCCACCAAGCAGCGGCGGAGGACAGUGGAAAGAGAUUAGAGGCGCUGGGCGACUCAGUAGAAGACCUGCAUGCCACUGAAACAGACAACAGAGAUGCAGCAACGACGUGGCUAAUGGAGGGAGAAGCCUCGCCGCCUCCCACCACUCAGCAAGAUGACGAGGACAUCACCGUCCCGUCCACCAUUGCUGUAGCAAACGGCGAGGAGGAGGUGACUUCCAUGCAAGGUAUGGAAGAUUUCGCGGCCGUCCAUACUCACCUUCCGCAGAACGAGUUAGAGAGGGUGGAGGUGACAGACCCCACCAGUGACAAGGAAGAAGAGAAGGAGACCGAAGAAAAUGUGGUGGUGGUAGAGACUGUAGUGAGCACAGCUCCUCUCUCUCUGCAAACCAGCCGCCGCUUGCCCCGCACUGUGUAUGGUGGCUUCGAGACCUCACCUGCACACUAUAAUGAAGUGGACGCCACUGAGCAGCCCCGAGGCUUCCUCUCUGCUGCUCCCACGCUCACCACGUUCAUGUCGGUGGCGUCGCGGCGACCGACGGAACACCGGAGGAGCGACUCCAGUCCGGGCAUCGACGACAUCAUUCAGGGCAUCGUGGACCUGCUAGGCGGCAACGUCAAGGUGACGGCCGCCGAGGAGCCCAAUACGCGCCUCACCACCUUCGGAGGUGGGGUGUACACCAGCACGCGCAUCAAUAACCGCGGCCCGCCCAGAUUUACUAAUCUCCCCUUCGAAUUAUUGUCUUCCGUUCUGCCCACGCGGCUCCCCAUCAGGCCUCCCGUGACGCCCCCGUCCGCCACACACCCAGGGCGCCCUCAUUUCGUGGCCAAUACACGUCCCCCAUUCCUGGCACCCCUCCCGCCCUCGCUGGCUACCCGGGCGUCCCCUGUGGUGCCCAAGCCGUUCGCAACCGGCAUCCCGCUCCCCGUGGACCUUCUACCCCCUGCCCCAAUCUCUGACCUUCCCCCAGAGGUCGUCACCACCUCCCCAGCUGGCAGUAUUUCUGAGGACACUCCUCCCGCUGCUGUGCCUUCCACCACUUCCAUUCUUCUAACCUCGUCCACUUCUCAACCCACUCUUACAACAUCUACCUCAUCUUUGUCCACUUUGACUUCACAGUUUUCAGAACUAUCCACACCAUCACCGUCCUCGCCAUCUCCCACGUCACCGCCGCCCACCACCACAUCCCUCACUUCAUCAUCUUCCACACCUUCAUCCACAACUACGACAUCGGAAUCCACAACAGUCUCGUCUCCCUCCACGACUCCUUCCUCUCGCCCCACGCCAGCUGGUCCCAGCGAGAAGCCUGGCACCAAGGUGACGGAGGCCGUCACACCUCAAAGUAACACUGCGGAUGAUUCCCCAACGCCGGCAUCUGAUACGCUCACGACCUCUCAAGCGCCGGGCAGUACAAGCAACCCCCAGGAGGCUGCCCCGCCGCGAAAGCCCUCUCCUGCCCCCACCAUGCUGGAGCCCUCCAUGUUGGAGUCCUCCGUCACCACCGUCGCCUCCUUUACCGAGGCCUCGUUGCCUUCUCCCACCACCUCCACGCAGGCUUCUUUGUCUUCUCCCACCAUCACCACCACCGUCACUACUGCCGACGCUGGCCCCGGCCCUCCACCGCAGGCCACACCUCCACUGUUGCCUCCUAGCAGGCCUCAGCCGCCAGCCGUGGCUACCUUUGCUCCCCGGCCGGGCAUGGUGAUUGAUGACCACCAGUACCGGCCUGGCGAGGUUAUCACGGGGGUCGGCGUGCCCCACGUCAUGCCCGCCGCUGGGGACGUCUUCGAUGUGACUGUGUCUGCCCACCAUGGAUACGGGAGCUCACCUAAUACCUAUCGUCCACCCUACGGCCCACCCGAACCCCAGGCCCUGCCCGCAGGUUCAACAGAAGGUCUUCUCGUCAAUCCUGCUGCAGGACCUGAUAAUUUCGUGUCCAUCGACGGCAGAAAGACUUACUUCGAUUUGUUCCCGGCCGCCACUCAGCUUCAGCAGCAACAACCGCAGCAGCAGACUGUCGGAUUAGGAGUGGGUGUGGUGAUACCAGAAGAGGCCCUACCCCAGCCUUAUCCCGCCUCUUCAUUCCGUCCUGCGCCGCCACGACCUGCACCACCACCACCUCGCCCACAACCCACUCCAGCUACGCCACCCCCCAGGAAGUACUUCACGAGAAGACCCACCCAGCCCUCUAUUAGGAUCGACACGUGUAUCGUCGGGGAUGACUCCACGUGCCAGGAGGAUCUGGGGGAAGUGUGUCGCACGGAGGAGGAAGUGUCCAGCUGUUACUGCAAGCCUGGCACGGCACGGCGCAGACCCCGAACUCCAUGCAAAAGAAUGGUGUCCCUGCAAAUGUCCCUCAAGGUAGACCGCGUGGGGCCUCAGCGCAUUGUGUGGACUGGUAAUUACGCCAACCCAGCCUCUGACGAGUACCGCCUGCUUCAGUGGGAGGCGCAGCACGCGAUCUCCAAGGCCCUGUCCAAAACUCGGCUGGGGACGGCAUAUCUGAGCAAUGCUGUCAACAGUUUCUACUCGCUGGGAGGCAAAGUCAUUGUCAAUGCAACACUGAAUCUAGAGAAUCAGCCAGCCACUAGGACCAGGGCUGUGCUCCAAGCCCUUCAACGGCAGAUGAUUCAGGUCAUACAGAGCCAUGCCAACAACAUUGGAGACUCACCCCUGGGAGUGGACGGCACGCUCAACCCCAUUCCUGACGUUUCAGACAUUAAUGAAUGUAAUGAGGCUACUCUGCAUGAUUGCCACUCCUCGGCCACCUGUAUCAACAGGUUUGGAACUUUCACCUGCCGCUGCCUACCUGGAUACACUGACAGGUUCACUGAUGACCCUGAGCUGGUGGGACGCCGCUGUGAGUCCUGUUCUACUGAUUACUGCAACAAGCGUGGAGAGUGUUCCAUAAAGGACGGCCAAAAAGUGUGCCAAUGCCGAGGGUCGUACUAUGGUAGCCAGUGUGAGAUAGAUGGAGAAGUGCUUGGAGUGGCAGUGGGAGCAUCAGUGGCUGCCAUCCUCAUCAUCAUCCUCACCCUCAUAUUCCUCUGCAUGUGGAGUCGACGAUGGAAGGCACAGGAUCGCAAGACAGAGGUCCUGGCCCGAGGCGUGGCAGCAGCAGGUGCAGGGCUGGGUGGCUUCACUGUCAAUGUGCAGCACAAGGGUGGCAGCACGAUGGGUGGGCAGUACGGUGUCACCCUGGAGGAUAGGAUGCGCUGGGCUCAGUUGGCAGAUACUCUCUCCAACCACAACAUCUACACUGAUGGGCGUAUGGGUGGUGAGGGUGGACCUAGCCUCUACACUGCCUCCAGUAGUGAUUACCUCACCGCAUCCCACCUUCACUCCCGCCCAUUCUCUGCCCUCAACCGUGUCACCCGUGCUCUCUCAAAUUCCACUCUGGGGGCUGUGGCUGGGAAUGGGCUGGUGGGGCGUCUCCAGAAGGUGUUUGGCCGAGCCCGCACCACCCGAACCCAACACGGGAAGCGGCACAAAAACCAGCAGCCCACCACCCUCACUCUGCAGCAGCUGAUGGCACUCCACGCCCAGCUUUCUGUUCCUCCUGACCAGAUGCAGGCAGGCGGCACCCUCGCUGCUCAGUCCACUGCUGGCCAAAGCACCUCACAAAUCUUCCAGCACCAGCACACCAGACAGAUGGCUGGCCAGUCCUCAGGAUACCCAUCGCUGGGCACCAUUGGCUCCAGCACCUCCACAAACCCCCAGCAGUUUGGCUUGCAGCAUCUUAAUCCCAUGGCUCACCUCAACUCCCUUGCCCACCAGCAGCAGCAGCAAAACUACAGUAAACAAAAGGCAUAUGGAUCUCAGUCAACUUAUGGACAGUUUGGCCCCUCAUCACUCAACACCAUGUCCCAUGAUGGUGUGUCCCGAGCCCCAACUCUUGGAGCGAGGACUCCAGUGCCAUUAGUGGAUGUUGGGGGAGCAACAACACUCGGCCCCAUGGGAGGGGGUAGUGUAGCUCACACGGGACUUGAAGGACCUGAGAAUGAAAUGGACCGACCAUAUCACUUACCUCGCCCCAAGUCCCGCGUCUCCCUUGGGGACUCCAGUGACAUUUAUUAUGAGCCGGACGACCUCCAGACCUCCAUCUCGCCCCGUGGCCCCCCUACCAGACCCCCUCCCCCCCUCCCCAGGACCAUGCAUCCACAGACCUACAACUACCCAUUCUUCCACUGACUGUCCCUCCUCCUCAUCACUUUGUAGUUGAAGGCUCAAUCACCACUGAUAGUAAUGGGGGCUUAAGGAACAGAUCUAAUUCCUCUUGUCAAAAGUUGCUGUAGAUUGAUAUAUGUAAAUGCAUUAGAUAUCUUAUUUCACUUGCAUGCAAGAACCAUAUUCAUUGAAAUCAUAAUUAUUUAAAUAAAACUUCAUGUGUUGCAUUACACUGUUUACAAUUAUUUCAAUAAACUUUAAGCACCACAUGAUCUUAUUGUUGAUGUGCUAUGUUUUAAUUUAUCAAUCAACCUGUAGACAUAAACACUUCAGAAUAUAGACUUACAUUUAUCACAUCUUACAUAUCAUUCUUCUCAUGUCUGUCUGCAUGUUUGUAUGUAUGUCCCUCACUAGCAGUUUUGUCAAAUUACUGUUGUAACCACUACUGACUUACAUUGUGCGGUGAUUGCCACUGAUCACCAAACAUCGGUUUCAUUUGCUGCUGAAUUAUCCUCACUAUCGCUCAUUAGUCAAGGUUGACAGCUAUCACAAAAACCCUAUAAGAAUUUUUUUUUUUCAAACAAAAACUACUAUUUAGCAAUUGCCUGUUGCAGUACCACAGUGACAUUGUCAGUGUAGCGUAAGCAUAAGCCCAUGUCAGUUUGGCAUGGUCAGAUGGUUUGAGUUGAUAUAUUGAUGAAAGUGCAUGAUACAGUAAGGAAUGGUUGCAUAUAUUUGAACAUCCUUUCUCACUCAAGUCUUAGUCCCUGAGACAUGAGACAGUGAAUUAUAAGGAAUCUAUGAGUAUUCUGCAUACUGUUGAGGGUGACUGAAAGAGAUGAGGGCAGAGGGCUGAGAACUUUUAUUUUCAUGAAGAAAGGAAGAAACACAAAGGACUUUAUGUAUUUACUUUUUUUUUUUUAUUUAGUCUUGCUCUGCCUCUAUAUUGGAUGCCACCUUGUAUUUGCAGGAUAAGAAAAGGUGUGAAAAAAUAUGUUCUUUAUUUACACAGCCCAUAUUAUGAACAGGUUGAAAGAAUAUUCACACUGAAGAUAUUUUAGGUUUCAGUGUGUGGAACUGUUGAUGUUUAUCAUUCAUAAAGUCAGAUAUUUUCAUAUAUCUGUGAAUUACAAAACCGUCAGUGUAUGCAGGGUGGGUUCAGAUUCUUAUUAUAGGGUUGUGUUGAUAAUUUGUCUUAUAUUGGAUACAACUCUGUUUCUGAAAUACAAUGAAUUAAGAUGGGUUUUCUUUUAGGUGAGAAUUUCCUAUUAAGAUACACCAGCAACAAGUAUUGAAGUUAAUUUUUAGGUUCUCAUGAAAGAGGCUCAGCUGCUGCAGAAGCUUCAUUUAUGACCUAAUUGAAAAAAAAUAGAUUUUUUGUGACUAUAUUUUUUGUAACGUGUACAUGUAGUAUUAUAUGUAAAUAUUUUUUUAUGAAUUUGUUAAUAUGUAUUAGUUCCUUUGUAUGUUGUCAUUUUGAUCCUGUUACUACUUCUACUAUAAUCAUCCCUCUUGGUGCUAAGAUGGACAUUUCGUAAUUUUUUUUGUGCUUGGCUAUCUCAGAACAUGAUUUGUAAAUGUGCACAGAUACCUCUGAUUUCAUCGGCCAUGAAUACCCUGCUAAUUCAUUAUGAACAUACUGAUGUGUAAAUGAUGUUGAUGUGUGAAUGCAUCAGCUGAAGAAGCUAUUGAGGUGACAUCACUGCAGCUUUGUGUCACUCCACCAGGACUUGACCUAGUAUUUUUCAAGCUAGAUGAAGCCAAUGAUAUUUUUGCAUUAGAGAGAAUAGCCACUCUCAAGGCCCCAGUGUUGCCUGAGAGGCCACAUGUACUAUAGUGUAUAUAUGUCAUGUUCUGUCUUGUUGAUCUCCAAACAGGUAAUGCCUGUUGGUCUGACUCUCAUUACACUGGUUCAUAAGAUGUAUAGUCUAUUUAUCCACUCUUGAAAAUAAAACCAAAUCUUUAAUGUAA